ACGAUGGGGGCGAAAAGUGAAAAAGAAAGAAGAGGAGGGGGAAUCGAACGAACGAUCCAAUUUUAAUUAUUUAAAUUAGUCUACGCCUCUGCCUCUGCCUCUGCUCCAUUUUCAAGCUUCUGCACCAAGCUUCUCUGCAGCUGCACUUCUCUCUUCAAUGGCUCGCAACAGGGAAAUCUUGGUGCUGGUGCUGGAUGUUGGUCCAUCAAUGCACUCAAUUCUGCCUGAGGUUGAAAAAGUGUGUUCAAUGCUAGUAGAGAAGAAGCUGAUUUACAACAAAUAUGAUGAAGUAGGAAUUGUUCUAUUUGGAACUGAAGACACUAAAAAUGAGCUAACAGAAGAAGUUGGUGGAUAUCAGCAUGUGGUGGUUCUACAGAACAUGAAAGUCGUCGAUGGAGAUCUUGUCGAUGUUUUAAAACAGCUCCCUCGGGGGACUGUUUCCGGUGAUUUUCUUGACGCCAUAAUUGUAGGAAUGGAUAUGCUGAUAAAGAAAUUUGGAGAGACAGAGAAGGGAAAGAAACGCUUGUGUCUUAUUACAGAUGCUCUAUUCCCUAUAAAGGAUCCUUAUGAAGGAACCAAAGAGGAUCAAGUUACGACCAUUGCGCAACAGAUGACGAAACAUGGAAUGAGAAUGGAUAGUGUUGUUGUAAGAGGGAGGUUUGGACAUGAUGCCGAUGAGAAAAUUAUGGAUGAGAAUGACGUUCUCUUAAACAUAUUUUCUGAGAAAACAAAUGCAAAAAUGGUGUAUGUAGAGAGUCCAACUUCAUUACUAGGUGCGAUUCGGACACGGAGUAUAGCGCCCGUGACAAUCUUUAGAGGUGUUCUUGAGAUAAGCUCCAUUAUCAAGAUUAAGGUAUGGGUUUACAAGAAAACAUCAGAAGAGAAGUUUCCAACUCUGAAAAGAUAUUCUGAUAAAGCACCUCCAACUGAUAAAUUUGCCACACAUGAAGUCAAGGUAGAUUACGAGUACAAAAGUGCGGAAGAUCCUAGUAAGGUUGUGCCUCCAGAACAUAGGAUUAAAGGUUACCGGUAUGGACCUCAAGUGGUUCCGAUAUCAACUGCUGAAUGGGAUGCAGUAAAGUUCAAACCAGAGAAGAGCGUGAAGCUUCUCGGGUUUACAAACGCUUCAAAUAUAUUGCGGCACUACUACAUGAAAGAUGUCAAUGUCUUUAUCGCUGAACCUAGCAAUAAAAGAGCUAUUGUUGCAGUUUCUGCUCUAGCAAGAGCAAUGAAGGAAAUGGACAAAGUGGCAAUAGUUCGAUGUGUUUGGCGACAAGGACAGGGGAGCGUGGUUGUCGGUGUUUUGACACCCAAUAUAUCGGAGAAGGACGGUAUUGCUGAUUCAUUAUACUUCAAUGUACUUCCUUUUGCGGAGGAUGUUCGAGAAUUCCAAUUUUCUUCUUUCAGCAAUUUUCCAGCAUCGAUGCAGCCAAGCGAAGAACAGCAAGAGGCAGCAGAUGACUUGGUUAAGAUGCUUGAUCUUGCACCAUCUGGACGGGAGGAAAUUUUGCAGCCGGAUUUCACACCAAAUCCUGUUCUCGAGCGCUUCUAUCGUCAUCUCGAGUUGAAGUCGAAGGAUCCUGAUGCUGCUGUACCUCCACUUGAUGUAACUCUUCAGAAGAUUACCGAACCCGAUCCUGACUUGUUUUCUCAAAUCAAAUCUAUUAUCGACACAUUCCACAGGAGAUUUGAACUCAAGGAGAACCCAAAGCUAAAGAAAUCAAGAAGGCGAUUUUUACGCGAAAAACCAUCCGGUUCAAGCGAGAAAGAGGACAAUGAAGACAUUCCUGCUCAAAUUGUUGACUCUGCUGCCAAUCCGUCUGCAGUUAAGGUAGAAAAAAUUGGAGAUUCAACUCCUCUCCAAGACUUUGAAGCUAUGAUGUCUAGAAGAGAUAGUCCAGAGUGGAUCAGCAAAGCAAUCAACGGUAUGAAAAACAAAAUAUUCGAUCUUGUCGAGAACUCAUGCGACGGUGAUAACUAUCCAAAAGCUCUAGAAUAUUUGCUUGCGCUUCGUAAGGGUUGCAUCAUCGAACAAGAACCGAAGCAAUUCAACGAUUUCCUCCACCAUCUCUGUAAAUUCUGCCUGAAGAAUAACCUGCACAGCUUCUGUGAAUUCCUAGCAUCCAAACAACUUACUUUAAUCUCCAAGGUGGAAGCAGUAGACAGUGAAGUAGCAGAUGACGAAGCUAGAAACUUUUUGGUUAAAUUGGAGCCUAAAUUAGAGCCUAAAGUGGAGGGAGCCUAAAUUAGAGCAAGACUAUAUGAUGCAGCCUUUUCUUUUUUUUUUUUGGGUUCCAACGACUACGAGCAGUGAUUCGAAUUCUGACGUUUUGGUCAAGUAAGUCUAGAUGAUGUAGCGACUUGAUAUUCAUUAGGUGUAUAUAUGUAAUUUUGUGUAUCCAUCCAAGGUUGGGGCUCCACCAGCCCCUGCGCUCGUGCAACCCACGCCCACCAGCGCCACCCCACACGUGUAGACCGACGCCCACCAGUCUCUCUGCCCGCGUGCGCGCAAUGCCCCUUGCCCCACCUUUUUUACUACUAAUGUUCAUCAAAGGAAUUAUAGAGGAUGYAAAUUAUUGAUUUGAAUUUUAUGCUGAUCUGUUUACAUUUUUGUUUAGAAAGUAAUCUUUAUUAUGCUAUUUUUUUCCCCUUUAUUUUGGUCUGGAGAAUUU